AUGAACUCAACCGCGGAGCUCGCUACAUUUUACAACUAUCUUGGCGAUCUCAUUGACGAGCGCAACAGUCACACCGCUGCUACGUUUGACAUCGACGCCGUCCCCGUGCCUGCUGGGCUUCUCGACUUUUACCAGCGCGUUUACAACACCCCUCAGCAACACAUCGAUGAGCCUCUCUACAUCAUAUUCUUAGGGAAUGUUGUAGGGGUCACAACUCUCCG